UGGAGCUUGAACCAUACGCGGAGUUCAUAUCUGACAUGUUCUCUGUUUUGUUGAUAUGUGCGAUGCGGUCCUGUUGAAUUUGUGACGAUGGCUUAUACAGUUCACCCAGAUCAUUUUCACAUCACCCUGAACACCGACUGUCUCCAAGAUGUAUGGAAUACGAACCCAUUUCAAAGACCCCUCAUCGAUGUGGUCAAGCCCGGAGGUUCUGUGGAAGGGGUAGUGCGAGUAACGGUCUCUGAAACACUACGAUGCAAUGGGAUAUUUCUGUCUGCAAGAGGACUCAUGUGUGUUUGUGAAGGGCAUUUCGAUGCUGAAAAUCUGUUCCUGCUCGUAGAAGAUACUUUUCAAGGAGUCCAGGAAAAAAUGAAGACCUAUGACCACCAUGAGGAAAGGGACUUAAUGGUAUUGCCGAAACUUCAACUGUUAGAUUGUAGAGAACAAGGAAUUCUGCUUCCAGGAGAGCAUCAACUUCCUUUCAAAUUUGAAAUCUCCACUGCAAUGCCUUCCUCCUUCCGAGGUGAACAUGGCUUCAUCGCCUACUGGAUAGAGGCCUCUAUAGACCAGAGGCCAUAUGGAAAUGACAUCAAAUGUCGGAAAGAUUUCAACAUACACGGCUUCUUUGACUUGAAUCAUGAUGAGAUGGCCUUGGUUCCAUAUGAGGAAACAUGUGAAGACUCCAACUGCUGCUUGUGUUGCAAAGACGGAUUUUACAGUUUUAAGAUUUCUUUACCGAAGAAAGGGUAUGAAAGGAGAGAAACAAUCCAACCAGUGAUUGAGAUAACGAACAACACGCAAUCCAGUGUUCUUGCUCAGAUUAAGUUCAGUAAGAAAGUUGAAUAUGCUGUUGGGGGACAUACCUGGGAAGAGGAGUCUGUGAAACUGAACGAAUACCACCGCAAGGUGGAGGCGGGGAUGGAUGACGUCUGGAGACCAGACAUUACACUUGGAGACCAACUCCUGCCGUCAAGACUCCUACCAUCCCUUAAUACAUGUAUCAGGGUCAUUUAUAAACUGCAUAUGCAAGCUGAAGUCUCUGGCUGCAAUUGUGAUCAAGUCAGUACAUCAACAGAGAUUUUUAUUGGUGACACCGGCAUGCCAUUUGCCACUGGUCCUCUGCCAGUGAUGACACAACCACUGCCUCAAACCUUUGUCUACGAGCAAGUUGACUUAACAGCAUGUAGUGGUGGAGUACCAGAACGCCGGCCUUUACUCCCGGCUGGCUAUCCUGAGAAGGGAGGAAUCUCUGAGACGGGCUACCAUCAGGGCUACCCUGGCGUUCCAAGACCUCCCAUAAUGCACCAGCCAGUCCCUCCCACUGCGCCACCUGUUGAUGAUCAACCACCACCUCCGAGCUACUCUGAAUGUAUCCAAAUGUCUGUGCUGUCUGGACCUGGGGCCCCAUCGGCACCCCCCGCAGGUCGCCCUGCAGGAUUCCCGCAGGAUGCAGCUGCUCCCUACCCACCACCAGCACAGAGCUACCCCUACCACCAACCUGCAGAGGACCAAUGGAAAUACUCAUGAUGAAGUAGAACAUACAACAUGGACUUACACAGACCUGGGCAGUGGGCGGUGUUUAUCCCUAAGUCUUCUUGUAUUUACCUAGACCUGGGCAGAGGCCGGUAUUUAUUCCUAAGUCUUCAUGGAUUUAUGUAGACCUGGGCAGAGGCCGGUAUUUAUUCCUAAGUCUUCAUGGAUUUAUGUAGACAUGGGCAGAGGCCGGUAUUUAUUCCUAAGUCUUCAUGGAUUUAUGUAGACAUGGGCAGAGGCCGGUAUUUAUUCCUAAGUCUUCAUGGAUUUAUCUAGACCUGGGCAGUGGCAGGUAUUUAUUCCUAAGUCUUCAUGGAUUUAUCUAGACCUGGGCAGUGGGAGGUAUUUAUUCCUAAGUCUUCAUGGAUAUAUGUAGACCUGGGGAGUGGCAGGUAUUUAUUCCUAAGUCUUCAUGGAUUUAUCUAGACCUGGGCAGUGGCAGGUAUUUAUUCCUAAGUCUUCAUGGAUUUAUCUAGACCUGGGCAGUGGCAGGUAUUUAUUCCUAAGUCUUCAUGGAUUUAUCUAGACCUGGGCAGUGGCAGGUAUUUAUUCCUAAGUCUUCAUGGAUUUAUCUAGACCUGGGCAGUGGCAGGUAUUUAUUCCUAAGUCUGCAUGGAUUUAUCUAGACCUGGGCAGUGGCAGGUAUUUAUUCCUAAGUCUGCAUGGAUUUAUCUAGACCUGGGCAGUGGCAGGUAUUUAUUCCUAAGUCUUCAUGGAUUUAUCUAGACUGGGCAGUGGCAGGUAUUUAUUCCUAAGUCUUCAUGGAUUUAUCUAGACCUGGGCAGUGGCAGGUAUUUAUUCCUAAGGCCUUUGUUUAUCCCUAAGUCUUCAUGAAUUUAUUUAGACCUGCUCAGAAGCCGGUAUUUAUGUCUUCAGGGAUUUAUCUGGACCUGAUCAGAGGCCGCUAUUUGUCCCUGUCUUCAGGGAUUUAUUUAGACCUGUGCAAAGCAAAUGUCUUCACUCUUAAGCAAAUGUCAGUAAAAAUUCCGAAAAAUACUAUUGAAAGGUUCCCAAGUCAUGUUAAAAUAUACCACUGAAAAUGAAGUUUAAGAGCACCCAAGUUUUUAUUGUGACUAUAGUUAAUCCGUCAUGGCUAUUGCAUCAUGCAGCCUUCCAAUUAUGGGUGUUUUGAGUAGUAUAGUUAUAUAUAAUGUAAUAGUUUUGUCGGAUCAACUUGUAUAGCAGUAAUAUCAGGACCAAGAAAGACAAAGAGGCUUUAAUGCUGAGUUUUACAUUCUUGAUUGUAAAUGUUAAGAUGCAAUGUUAAGAUGCAAUGUUAAGAGACCCCUGAAUGUAAGAAAGUAUGAAUACAUCUGCUGGACUGAUGGGUCAGAAGAGUCUUGAGUUGGACUUCUGGUAUUAAGUCAAAAGAGUCUUCACGGCACUUGUUACAAGCUUCAGUGACAGGUCCCGGGGAUUUAGAAGGGGACUCUAGGGAGCUCAUAUUUUUAUAUGAAUACAGAAAUAAGAAAUACCUUUGUUUUUUGGAAAUCCUGAUUAGAUUGUCAUGUGAACUGAGGUAUACAUUCUUCAAAUAAUGGUGUUACGUCAAAUAUUCAAGUCUUUCAAUCAUUUUGAUAAAAUGCUAUUUUGAUAAAUUAUGUCUGUGCAAAAUCACCUGUUUUUCUUUAGUGCUUGUUAUGGAUGUAACCAUUGAUCAAACUUUCGCUUCAUUGCGUCAAUACAUCAAUGACACAUUCAAAACAUCAAUAGUUCAUAAUCAUCAAUGUCAUGCUACAAUACUGAUGUUGUUGAUGGAUGUGAAUUAAAUACUUUAAAAAUAUAGUCAUUAUAUAUUUCCAUUACUUUUAUUCUAACAUACAUGAAGAGUCUUCAUUGGAGGACACUCCCUAAGCUCCCUAACAUCUGAACCCAAGGCAUGGUGGGUAUUUUUAGCUUUGGGCUCAUGUCCAAUAAAGGAAAUUAAAGGAGGCGUUCUUACCCAAUCGUGGGCCGGUCGGGUAGCCAACAUGGGUACAAUGUGUGAAGCCCAUUUCAGGUGUCCCCCACUGUGAUAUUGCGGGAAUAUUGCUAAAAGCGGCGUAAAACCACACUCACUCACUCACUUACCCAUUCGUGACCAACUUGCGUUAUUCCAUCCAAGCGCAAAUUUAAAUUAACGGGCAUAGUUUUAAAAGAAUUGUCAACUCGUUGCGUAAUGAUUCACAUAUAUUUCCACCAUGUCAUUUGUAUAUCAGAUGCUAUUUAAAACACAUCGGGACUUACGGUAUUUAUACAGUAUGAUUAAACACAUUUAGCUGUAUGUUGGGUAUAUUCUUAGAUGCUAGACAUUAAUGUGUGUAAAAUCAAAAAUUAUUCCUGGGGGAUUCUUUGACAUACCAUAUAUGACCGCGUAUAAGCCGAAUUUUGUACUUUAAGUCAUACGUGCAUUCUGAUUGGUUUGUCAUAUUUUGGCACAUACCAUUCAUCGAUAGGGGGACGAGUCUUCUUGCAGGUUACAGAAAGGGGCGAGUGGUGACGAAUGGUUCUUGCCAUGCUUUCACAAUACCCCUGCCAUCAGGCCACUAUUCCCCUAAUAUUGCAAUAGUGUUUUUUGUACAUUGCAGUAAUGUUGCAACAGAAAUAAUGCCCCCAAUAUUUACCCCUAUACAUGUAACAAUAGUUAUAUUUGGGAUAACACUCUCAGUAAAGUACAGAUUCUAGUACUUUUUGGGGUUGAGUUCCAUCCGGGACCUAAACCCUAACUGCCAGAGUGAGGCACCUGAUCACCAGCACACAAAGUCAGUGAUCUAACCCACUCAGCCACCAAGGCUUCCACAAAAAUGAAAGUCCGACAACUGGUAGUCUAGAUGACAUACUUUGUGUACCCCUCUGGCAUGGCACCGAAGACCGAAAGCUAUGAAGACACAAUGCUAUUUUAGGAAGUGGUCAAAUGUAACAAAUGUUAUAUUUGGGAUAACACUUUAUCAUUUGACAUUUGUUACACUGGACCACUGUCUGAAAUGGCAUUGUGUGUUCCUAUACAUGUAGUGUGAAGUGUUGUGUGGUAUGUCUGUCACACACUGGUAUGGAGGUCACACAUGGUGUUCUCAACCAGCACAAUGCUGCAGUAUUUUAUGAACUGCCAUUUUACCUCACUCACUUUGUUGUUUUGUGGGGAAGCUGUUGUUUUUUUAUUAGCCCCUUUGUUAUUUCAACAAUUGUUUCUGAAAUUUGAUACUUUUAUUAUCAGCAUAUGAUACUAUUUUUAGCUACAAUGUUUUUGCCUCGGAAAGUUACUUCAAAGAGGGCCUGUAAGACAUGUUUACAUCAUAUAGAGUCCUGUAAGACAUGUUUACAUCAUAUGGAGGAUGUGUAAGACAUGUUUACAUCAUAUGGAGUCCUGUAAGACAUGUUUACAUCAUAUGGAGGAUGUGUAAGACAUGUUUACAUCAUAUGGAGGAUGUGUAAGAC